AUGUUGCUCAAGUCAGCCGCCCUCGUCUGCCUCCUGGCUGAGCUCGGUCUCGCGCGCCAUCACCAGCACCCCAAGCGCCAGGUCGCACCCUCCCCGAUCCUGUCGAGCAUCAGCAUCCCGCCCCCUCCCUCGACGGGAACUGGUGCUGCCGGCGCCGCUCCCGGUACUGGUGGUCCGACGGGCAUCUUCCUCAACACCUCGAUCCCCGUCGCCACCCCUCAGGUCACGACCCUCACCGAGGUAGCAACCGUCACCUCUACCCUCGAGAACAAUGCCACCGUCACCGAGGUCAUCACCACCGAGCGCACCGUUACCGCUUCCGCCCCCGCCGUCAUCCAGCAGCCCCAGAUCAUCAUCAUCUCCCAGGUCACCUUCUUCCAGUUCAUCUCCGCCCUCGGUGGCGCCCCUCCCGCCGUUCAGCAGGGUGAGCAGGGCGGCUUCGUCGUCGGCGGCCAGCAGUUUGGCCAGUUCCAGUCCGCCUGCAGCGCCGCCUGUGGUAUGCAGUUCACCCAGUGCCAGAGUAUCGCCGGACAGAACUUUGCCAUCUCCCAGUGCCAGACCCAGCUUGUCAACUGCCAGAACGCCGCAAAGACCGCCACCGUCACCGUCUCCGUGCCCGUGACUGUCACCCAGACCGUCAUUCUUCCGAGCGGCCCAGUCUCUGGAGGAAGCAGCCUGCCCUCUGCCACGCUCGAGAACGGCGGCUCCGUCAUUGCCACCACCACUCUGCCCCCUGACUCUGGCGCCACCAUCGGAUCCGGAGGCGUCAGCUUCGUCACCGUCCCCGCUACCCCUGCUGCUCCUCCUUCCCAGACGCCCGCUGCCCCUGAGACCCAGGUCUUGACCACCACUCUCCCGGCCAACCCCGACUCGCCCUCCGGCUCCCCCAUCGUCUCCGUGAUCACCAUCACCCGCCAGCCCGGUUCUGAGCCCUCUGCCACCGGCGGUGCCUCCGAGCAAGCCGGCUCCGUCGAGACCUCCGCAGUCGUUUCCACCCUUCCUCCCCAGUCCGAGGGCGGCGCCCCCGUCGUUUCCACCAUCUACAUCACCAAGACUGCCGGUGUUCCUGUUGCUUCCGGCACGGCUGUCAGCUCCGUCGACGCAAUUGCCAGCGGCUCCGUCCAGACCUCUGCCGUCGUGUCGACCCUACCUCCCAAGUCCGAGGGCGGCGCACCCAUCGUCUCGACCAUCUACAUCACUAGAACCGGCGGUGGCGAUGUCCCUGCUGCUUCUGGUACCGCAGUCAGCUCCGUCGAUGCCGUGGCUUCCUCCGCCGUCAUCACCACUCUCCCUGCCCAGUCCGAGGGAGGUCAGCCCAUCGUCUCGACGAUCUACGUCACUGCCCAGCCUCCCGCUCCCUCCAACGAGCCCGGUGCCUCCGGACAGGGCGGCGAGGUCGUCACUUCUGCCAUUGAGACCACCCUUCCUCCCCAGAGCGCCGGCGGCUCCGCCAUCGUCAGCACCGUCUACGUGACUGCCACCGUGUCUGGAGGUGUCCCCGUCGCCUCCGGUACGGCCGUCAGCUCCGUCGAUGCAGUCGCCAGCUCCUCUGCCGUCGUGACCACUCUGCCCGCCGAGUCCGAGGGAGGUCAGCCCAUCGUCUCAACCAUCUACGUCACCGCUCAACCCCCUCAGCCUACUGGCGGCAACGGCAACGAAGGCGGCGCGGCCUCAGAGCAGGGCGGCGAAGUCGUUACCUCGGCCGUCGAAACCACUCUCCCUCCCCAGAGCGCCGGCGGCUCCGCCAUCAUCAGCACAGUCUACGUGACCGCCACCGUCCCCGCGGCCUCGGCCUCCGCUUCCGCAUCCAUCUCCCGCCCAGCUGAGCCCCCCCGCCCCAACGAGCCCAAGACCUCCGUCAUUACAAUGACCCUCGCGCCUCCCUCCGGCUCCCCCGUCAUCUCCCUUGUCACAGUCACUAUCCAGCCCACCGCAGGCCCCUCGGGCUCCGGCUCACCCCCGGCCCAGACUGAGGUCGUCACCUCCGCCCUGACAUCCACCAUCCCCGCCGAGGGCACCACCCCGCCCCGCGUGACAACAGUCUACGUGACCGCCCAGCCUCCCGCCCCAACCUCCGCCCCCGCCCCUCCCCGCGUCGUCACAGUCACAGUCGGCUCCCUCACCGGCGUCGUCACAAUCAGCGACGCAGCCCAGAGCUCCGCCUCCGGCACUACCAUCGCCUCGGCUCUCCCCAGCGCCGGUGCGGGCGGUAACACCGGUGGCAACGGUGGAAGCGGCGGCAACGGAGGCAGCGUUGGCGGCGAGAGCGGCGGAAGCUGCCCUUCAGCCGCGCCCGUCACCGUCACCGUCAGCGCGUGCCCCACCGCUCCCGUCACCUCCGUCCUGACCCAGACCGUCUCGGUCGUGCCCACGUCCACCCCGGCUGCCGUCAAGCGCGCCGAGGAGGGCAAGCGCGACGCCGUCUACCACCCCCGCCGCCACGGCCACGCCUUUGGCUUCUGGUAA